CUUUUACUGCACCACUGCCUCAAAACAUAAUCCAAGAGGUGCUUUUUUGAAUUGUUUCAGUAAGAAGAUGACACAUGGUGGAGAGAAAUAGAGAAGAAUUUGAUGCUUUAAAUUAUUCUUGGCGUUUUUAUAUUUUAAUGGCUUGUUUUCAUGGACACUGCUGAAGAAAAUUCUAAAGCUCUUUUUUGCUGUAUUUUUGGGUGAUUACACAACUAAAAGCUAACAGAACUGAGCUGUGGACCCUCACUGUUUUUCAAAAAAACGGAAUCUCCAGGAAGUCAGCUGAGGGAUUGUUUGCAAAGUCAACGCUCUGUCUUGUGGACGCUCUGGAUUGCACACACUCAACAAGCUGACAAUGCCUGUGAUUGUUUUGGAAGCCCGAGACUUCACCAGCCCACUGUUUUUGGUGCGAACAUUGGAAGUCUUCUCUAGCUGCACAGCCUUCAGUCUUGUGGCCUCUUUGGAACAUAAAAGCUCAAACAGCUCAUCUGAUCCUUCAUCGGACACAUUCAGUAUCUUCUGUAUGUUUACCUGGUGUUUCUUCUUUGUGAUCACCCUCCUCAUACACAUUAUCAGCAUCAUCCAGUUCCACAGCCUCAUCCCAAUAUCCUGGAAGAACCUGACCAUGACGGUGGCACUGUUGGGAGUGUUGAUGAGUCUCAGCUCCACUGUGGUUUUUCCCUGGAUAGUCAUGGAUCAUGGAACUGUGUCUCCACGUGCUUUGGCUGCUACAGUGGCUUCUGGUCUCACCUUCGUGGCCUAUGCCGCCGAGUCUUGUGUUCUUCGCACUCAAGCGCACGAACAAAGAGGCUACAUAAGCAGCUUGCCUGGUUUCCUUAAGAUUAUCCAACUUUGGGGGGGUUUGAAGAUGAUCCCUCUCAUGGUGAUAAUCUCCAAUAUGACGACUGGAAUACUUUGGCAAUUUUGGAUAUGUUGCGUGUCAUAUGGAACCUGCAUCUUCAUAUCACUCGUCAUCCUGGUGGUGAUACUGGGUGACUUUGCUGGGCGAUGCCUCCUGCCUUUUGACAGAUUUUUGGCUGCCUUCAGUCUGAUCGGGGUGCUGCUCUACAUGUUGGCCACAGUUAUUUGUUUGACCAAGAUACUGCAGAUGGGUGAGACGGAAUCCAACCCACAUAAUCUCAGUGUGGUCAUCAUGGAAACAGUGGUUUCCAGUGUCACACUCUUAGCUUAUACGGUGGACCUUGCCUUCUCCAUCAAACUGUUAUGUGACAGGAGUCACAUAUGAAGCUGGUGGUGAUGUUUAUGACUGAUUUUUGCUACAAAACCUUAAUAGAAAAGCAAUCAAAGUGAUUCAAGUUUUGCUCUUAAUCAUUGCUGUCAUGACAAGCUGUCUUUCUAACCCAGGUCAUGAUUGUGGUUGGUGUGCCACCGCUGGUGAUAUUUUGGGUGCCUCACCUGGUUCUUAUGAGACACGCUAGUAUCAUCAAUUUACAAGUUAAAAGCUAUGGGCUGAUUAAGUGCUUUAAUUGUGACUGGAACCAGGGUUCAGCAACCAGCAACUUUUGUCAAAGUUUUCAUCAAUGAUCUUUCUGUCCUUAAAAAAAAAAAACAGGACAUAACUAAUCAAAAACUCACAAAGUAUGACUAACUGCAACAAUUAUGAUUUUUAGGCAAUUAAUAGGAAUAAGAUUAAAAUCUAACUUCCUGACACUGCCAAACGUGGGAAAAUACUGGAAAUGUACCUAGGGGGAAAAAAAUCAUUUUCUUCAUAUUUUAGUCAAUAAAAUUUCAGUAAAUUUCCCUCUUCCUAGGAAAAACAACUUCCCUAAGUAAAAAUUAAUCUGCCAAAAGAAAUUAAAAUGUAAUUUAAGUUCUACUGCAAAGUAAAAUUUGCAGUAAAGUCAUAGUUCACUGCAUAAAACUGUCUCUUUCUCAGCCGAGUCCUCCCACCAAACAUGUGCUAAUGAUAUACAGAAGAUGUGUAUUUUAUGAUGAAAGAACUGAAUAUAUAUAU